GGGAUCGCUAUGGCAGCGGCGUCGCGGUGGGCUGGCGCUUGCUCGGCUUAUCCCAGCAAGGCCACUGAUGCCGCCCACCCCACCGCCGCCUCUCGGGCAUGAGUGCGGCCCACCACCGUAGCCCACUGCCCUGCCUGCCUCUGCCGCCGCCGCCGCAGCCCGACUGGGGGCCCGCGCCAGGAACAUGCCCCUGGCCGCCUACUGCUACGUGAGGGUCGUGGGCAGGGGCAGCUACGGGGAGGUGACGCUCGUGAAGCACCGGCGGGACGGCAAGCAGUAUGUCAUCAAAAAACUGAACCUCCGAAAUACAACCAGCCGAGAGCGGCAGGCUGCCGAACAGGAAGCUCAGCUCUUGUCUCAGCUGAAGCACCCCAACAUUGUCACUUACAAGGAGUCAUGGGAAGGAGGGGACGGCCUGCUCUAUAUCGUCAUGGGCUUCUGUGAAGGAGGUGAUCUGUACCGGAAGCUCAAGGAGCAGAAAGGCCAGCUGCUGCCUGAGCGUCAGGUGGUGGAGUGGUUUGUACAGAUUGCCAUGGCUCUGCAGUAUUUACAUGAAAAACAUAUCCUUCAUCGAGAUCUGAAAACUCAAAAUGUCUUCCUAACAAGAACAAAUAUCAUCAAAGUGGGUGACCUAGGAAUUGCCCGAGUGCUAGAGAACCACUGUGACAUGGCCAGCACCCUCAUUGGCACGCCCUAUUACAUGAGCCCCGAACUGUUCUCGAACAAACCCUACAACUAUAAGUCUGAUGUUUGGGCUUUGGGAUGCUGUGUCUAUGAAAUCGCCACCCUGAAACAUGCCUUCAAUGCAAAAGACAUGAAUUCUUUAGUGUAUCGGAUAAUUGAAGGAAAGCUGCCUCCAAUGCCAAAGGCUUAUAGCCCAGAGCUGGCAGAACUGAUCAGGACAAUGCUGAGCAAGAGGCCUGAAGAAAGACCAUCCGUGAGGAGCAUCUUGAGGCAGCCUUAUAUAAAACACCAAAUUUCCUUGUUUUUGGAGGCCACAAAGGCAAAAACCUCCAAAGCUAACAUUAAACACGGUGACUCCAAAUCCAAGCCUGUUGCCACAAUGGUUUCCAGAAAGACAGAAUCAAAUCAUGAAGCAGUCCUCCCCCAACCACCCUCUUCCAAGGGCUCCCAGACACAUGUAAUGAAUGAAGAUAAACAUUUGUCCAAGGAGAAACCCAUCAGCAUUUGGCCCUCGAAGUUACCUGCUACCCCAGAAGACCACACGAACACAGCAGACGGGAGCAAUACUGCAGAGUCUCUAGCUACCAUCAGUAGGGUGGAUAUCGAUGUCUUACCUGCAGAGAGGAGGGAUUCAGCGAACGGUGACUUAGCCCAGAAGACUGAUCCAGGACACCUGAAUGCCUCCAAUGAGCCGGAAGAUAAAUGCAGUGUUUCCCAAGUGAGAGAGGAGAGUCUGCAGGUUGACACUCCAUGCAGUGCCUGGCCUGAAAACUGUAUUCCUGCACAGACCUCCGAUGACGGUAGUGAGGAAGGGACUGGAGCCGCAAAGCCAGUACAGCCUCUACACAAAGGUCAGAGGCCAGAGGAGCAGGAUCAAGUUGCUGGUAAAGCUAUUAUAGAAGAACGGGGCAGAAUACAGCCAUGUUUACAGCCACACAGCUCUGCGUCUGAACCUUCCCUGUCUCGACAGCGACGACAGAAGAAAAGAGAACAAACUGAGCGCAGUGCAGGAAACAGCCAGGUCAGCGGGUGUCUGCUCGCACUCCCAGAGGCAUCCCCUCAGCUUCUGCCUUCUCAUCCCACUGUUGGAGAAGCAGAUACUGUGUCAGCACAACAGAACGCUGCGUGCCAGAGUCACAUGGUCACCACAUCUGUGAGCGGUGCAAGGGGCCGAGCGAUAGCAUCAUCCAAGGAUCGACCAUUAUCAGCCAGAGAGAGAAGGCGACUAAAGCAGUCACGGGAAGAGAUGUUCCCCUCACUUGAAGGUCCUGCAGUGAGGAGAACUUCUCUGAGUGCAGUGGAUCCUGGGAAACUGCAGGAGGAAGGCCAACCCCUCCCUGCCCGACGGUUCUCUUCUGACUACAACCGCACUCAGGAAAGAAAACUGAUUAAUUGUCUGUCUGAGGACGAGCUAAGUUCUUCUACAAGUUCAACUGAUAAAUCAGAUGGGGAUUCCAAGGAUGGGAAAAGUCAUACAAAUGAAAUGAGUGACUUAAUGCAAUUGAUGACUCAAACCCUUAAACUGGACCCAAAAGAGAGCUGUGAAGAUCUCCCGGCUCCAGCUUCAGGGUCAGAAUUCAGACUUCAUCGAAAGUAUCGGGACACGCUAGUGCUUCAUGGAAAAGUUGCAGAAGAGUCAGAGGAACUCGGUUUUAAAGAGCUGCCUUCAGUUAUCAUGCCAGGUUCUGAAAAGAUCAAGAGAAUACUUGAAGUCCUGAGAGCUGACGUCAUCCAGGGCCUAGGAGUUCAGCUUUUGGAGCAGGUGUAUGAGCUUUUAGAAGAGGAGGAUGAAACAGAGAGAGAGGUACGUUUACGGGAGCACAUGGGUGACAAAUACACGGCUUACAGUGUGAAAGCUCGCCAGUUGAAAUUUUUUGAAGAACAUGUGAAUUUUUGAGAAUUUGUUAGAACUAGACCUUUUUCAAAGGUUUCUGGCUUAAAAAAACCACGGAGCUUAGAAGCCAUUCACCAUCCGUUUAUGUAUCUCUUUGGAGUUCUCAUACUUGAAAAAACUGGACAGAAUAGCAUACUAUGAA